CUGAUAAAAGAUAAAAACCUUGGCUUAUAGUCUAUAAAAACAGACCUCUGUUUUCAUCCCAGGUCUUUGGUUUACAUUAUUUCAUAGAGGAAGUAAAGGUCCCACCAUGCCUGGCUUAAGCAAGGUUGAAGCUGCUGCUGGGGGUUGUCCUCCGGACUUCUCCGCCAAGCUCACCAAGCAGGUCGUUGUUUGUUCCAUAAUUGCAGCCGUUGGUGGUCUCAUGUUUGGCUAUGAUAUUGGCAUAUCCGGAGGAGUAACGUCAAUGGAUAGUUUCUUGAAGAAGUUCUUCCCUACUGUUUUUGUCAAGAAACACCAAGCCAAGGCCAAUAACUACUGCAAAUACAAUAAUCAGUAUCUUCAGCUUUUCACAUCUUCUCUCUACUUUGCAGGCAUUGUGGCUAGCUUUUUUGCUUCCCUAGUUAGCAAGAAGUAUGGCCGGAAACCCACCAUCCAAAUUGCCUCUAUCUUCUUUCUUAUUGGAGCCGUUUUGAAUGCUGCUGCUCAGAAUCUUCCCAUGUUGAUCAUUGGAAGGAUGCUUCUGGGUGCUGGUGUAGGAUUUGGUAACCAGGCAGUUCCAUUGUUCAUAUCAGAAAUUGCACCUCCGAGGUAUAGAGGAGGCCUUAACAUUUGUUUCCAGUUGAUGAUCACAUUUGGCGUUCUAAUUGCUAAUAUUAUUAAUUAUGGUACUUCAAAGCUGCACCCAUAUGGUUGGAGGAUAUCACUGGGUGGAGCUGCAGGGCCUGCUAUAAUUCUUCUCUUUGGCUCUUUUAUCAUUGUGGAGACUCCAACGAGCCUUGUAGAGCGAGGAAGAAAAGAAAAAGGCUUAUCUAUUCUGAGGAAGAUCAGAGGUGUUGAUGAUGUUGAUGAAGAAUAUGCAGAAAUUUUGAGUGCUGUUGAAUUGGCUAAUCAAUAUAAACACCCCUACAGGAACCUCGUGAGUCGAUAUAAUAGGCCUCAACUUAUUUGUGGCUCACUUCUUCAGUUCUUCCAGCAGUUCACUGGCAUCACUGCAGUCAUGUUUUAUGCCCCUGUCCUCUUUCUGACUAUGGGCUUUGGAGAUGAUGCGUCCCUAUUAUCAGCUGUUGUGGCUAAUACUGUUAAACCAAUAUGCACAGUGGUGGCAAUUUUACUUGUGGAUAGAGUUGGAAGAAGGAUAUUGCUUGUUGAAGCUGCCAUUCAAAUGCUCAUUUCUCAGUGUGCAAUUGGGGGAAUUCUUGCAUUGCACUUGAAAACCACAAAUACCGUGCCAAAACAUUAUUGUGUAAUUGUUAUCUGCUUCAUCUGUGUAUUCUUGGCUGGUUUUGCGUGGUCAUGGGGGCCUCUUGGCUGGUUAAUUCCUAGUGAAACCUUCCCACUGGAGAGUCGAAGUUCUGCUUUGUUCAUUACUGUUAGCAUGAACAUGUUCUUUACAUUCAUAAUUGGCCAAUCAUUUCUCACCAUGCUAUGCCAUAUGCGAUCUGGGAUUUUCUUCUUCUUCGCUUUCUGGCUGCUUGUUAUGGGCCUUUUUGCCAUUUUCCUGCUCCCUGAGACGAAAGGAAUCCCAAUUGAUGAAAUGAUUGAUAGAGUAUGGAAGAAGCAUUGGUUUUGGAAGAGGCACUUCAAGGAUUAUGAUGCUGGCAAGGGGGGGCAGGAACUCCAAGAUAAACCAAUGGAGAAGCCAAUUGAUUAAGAUGUUCUGUUCCCAGACUUUACUUCUGCUGAUUGUUAGUAAAAGAUCAAAUUGUAGAUGGCUUACAGUUUUUUUUUCUGUUUUCCUUCUCCAGGAUAAUAAGAAUGUUCUAUGGUUUUUAAUGGUUAUUGAAAGG